UAAAAUAAUGAAGCAUACUCAGUAUAAAAAUUAUGUCUGCUUAAAGUCAUGUCCAUUCAAAAAGACGUAGAAGGAAAAGAGUAAAACGCUCCAUUGAUUCCUCACCCGAGUGAGUCACGCCUGUGUGUCAGGUAAGGCCGAGCGGAUCUAUAAAUAGAAACUAUUGAUUGGUCCCGUCGGUGGUUGUGACAGGACUGGGAACAAGAUGUGCUGCUCACUGAUCGGGGAAUGCGUUGUUCCUUUGUAGUACUCAACUACACGGAGAGAGUUUGGUAGAAAGCAAGUGUUUCAGAACUAUUGUGCACACUGAAUUAUUAAAAAAAAGAACAUCUUUAAAAUACUUUAAAAGAAAAAAAAAAGCAGCACUUAAAUAUGCGCAUAAUCAAACAACACCAUUUCGGGACCAUGUUGACAUCAUUAGAUUUUAAGCUUUGGUUGAUGUUACUACUGCACCUAGCCACUGUGUGGCCAGUGGGUGGACUCAAGAGCUGGACACUACGUAAUGUCAACUUAAGAGAAACAGAUCCCAGUGUUGAGGUCAAAACAUUCUAUCCCGACAUGCCUGCUAUCAGAAUUUUGGACGAAGCCAUGUGUGCCACUAAACAGACAACUCGGGUCAAGCUCAGAGUUUUCCCCCUUGAAGACGUUGUCUCUGUGGUCGAGAACGACAUGGACGAGUCGACCAUACGGACCCUCAAGUCCUGCCUGUACCCUACAACCACCAACUCCUCCAGGUGCGGCGUGUGCUGGCAGGAUCAAUGCAAGUCCAACAUCUCGCUGCCCUGCAAGGCCUUCCUUGGCGUCUCCAGAUGGGACUCUUCCCUACUUAUCGACAUCACCAUCGACCAAGGCGCCAUCGUCAACUGCUUAGUCAUGUGCAGGGAAGUCGGUUAUUACAGCGACGACGUCUACAAGGGUGGGAACGGAAUAUCAAUGGCCGGAAUCGGCAUCAUAAUCGCUGUAAUGCUCGUUCUGGGGCUCAUCUUUAUGCUCUCGGUGUACUUUGUAAAGGUCAAGUGCUUUAAAGAUUUAACAGAAGAAGAAUCUCCAUACCCAGCCAAAUCCAAACCACAUGCCCCUUACAAAAAUGAUCCAUAUCCAACAAAGUCCCAAGGACAUCCAUUCAUAAAGAAAGAAGCUGGAAUGAUUGAAUUUUAAAUCUCACAUACUCUACUAAGUUUAUAUAUUCCAGAUACUAAAUACCAUAGACAUCAAUGUAGACAAAUAGAUAUAGCUUGAAGAAAUCCAUGCUUCAAGGUGUUCAUAUAGUCAGCACGGUUCCUAUAUAAAUGAAUGACUUAAGUUCUACUUUAUACAAUUACUAUUGAGGGACGUCUAAGGAAAGAACAUAAACAAAAGUGUUUAUUCAAAUACAUUCCAUAUGAGUUUCAAAGGCUGUAAAGUAACAUCCAGACUAUCUGCUUACAAAUGUAAUAUAACAAGAUCUCUGGAAUUCUUAAAAUGUGCAAAUAGCAAUGUACAAAUAUACUAACACUGACAAUAGUAUUUUAAUUAUACAUGUUUUUUUUAUAAUGUACAUAGAAUUUGUCAUUUUUCUGAUUUAUCAAAGAUUAUGAUAUCUACAUUUUAAUUUUCUUUUCUAACAUAGCCAAAGGCAAAAGUACAUAAUUUCUCUUUUUUUUUUUUUUUUUUUUUAUUUCAAGAAAUAGUUUGUCAUGUUAAUUGAUUUAAAUUGUUGGUUGUUUACUUUCUAACUUUUUCUUUCAGAAAAUAAUUAUCAGUUUGCUGGAGGUUUCGCAACUGACAGGCAUGUUGAGAAAACAAUUUUUCUGAAGUUUUUUUUGUUGUUUUUUUUGUUAUUUACUUUGAAACAAGUGUUUAUACCAGCAAUGUAAAUACUAAAAUUGAUUUUAACUGUUUGAAGUUCCCACGUACAUUAUUAUACUUACUUUGCAAUGAAAAUAAGUUUGUGGAGAGACACAUAGACAUCAAUAUUGGUAAAUUGUUUGUUCUAGUAGAGAUCAAAUAGCGUUUAGUAGAGCGCAUUCAACGCAUUGAUAAUGCCGUCCUUUGUUUUUUGUACACAAUCUUACAGUAUGAAUGUACUCUCCUGAAUGUAGAUGUUAUAUAUGUUCUCUGACUAGGUAUCAUUCCUAUUUUACAUAUAUUUACAUCACUUUCCAAGUAGUCUGUGGGUUUCCAUCAUGCUCCAAGCGAUGGAAAUUGAAAAGAAUUUUCAGUUCAUGGAAAGUUUCAAAAGGCCUUCGGAGUCUUAGAGCUCACGAGGCUCCCUGACCACCCUAUCUAGUGGUGGAGACUACACAGGCCUGAUAAACCUAUUAAAGUACAGGGCCAUUAACCCAUUGGCUCAUAUUUCUCACGGUUCAGUGGCAAACUUUGAAUCACAAUUCGCCUGCUGCGGAGAGGAAGAUGAAACUGUCUUAAAUUCUAUUUGACUGCCCUAGACUUGCUGAUCUCCGUCUCGACAGGUGUAGAUAACCAAAAGUUCUUCAAUCUGCCCAGUGAUAUAAAUGCAUUCGCUGAACAUCGGAACUUCUGAAAUAGCAAGGAGUUUGAUAAUUUAACAUACUAAUCAUAUCUUAAAAAUAGUUGAAACUAACGUAACUUUAUUUUGUAUCAAGGGAGAAAUGCGCAUGUUGAAAUAAACAUAUUUUUGUUGUUGUUUUUUUAAAAUUCUAUACAAGUGCAAUUGUUUAUGUAUAUACAUUUUUUUUAAUAGAAACAUCAUUUUCUGCAUUGUUAUGUCCUACUGUUACCUUCUUUUGUUUUAUAGAUUCUUAUAUUUUUAUUAUGAAUACAUAUAUUUUUUAGUAUAAUGUUUAUGAAAUUAACUUGCACAAGAUUUUACUAAAUAAAUGUAACAUGUCUUUUAUCAUUAUCUUUAUACCGUUUACUAAAUAGUAUUACUGCAAAACUUUAAAAGAAUAAUCAUUUUAAACAUAUACCUAAUCAAACCAUUAGAACUUGUGACACAUACUGCAGAUACAGGCAUACUUCAUUGCCUCCUUCCACUCUCAAACUUCAAUUCACCCCCCCCCUCUCUUUCUGCCUCUGUGAGUGUGUGUGUUUAAAUCACGAUUGUAGCUUGUCAAGCUAACAAAAAAAUCAUUGCUAAAGUAAAGGAAAUAAUUUGUACAAUUCCAUACAAGCGAAUUAGAUUGAAUGGAUUAAUGUUCCUAUCUGACCAAUCAAUAAAAUUAUAACAAGGAGUUUUGUUUUGUUUUACAUGUUUCGGAUGUUCCUUCAGAGUUGAAGAUAGUUCCUAGUCCAAACCUCCCGCAGGACAAGGGGGGAUGAGAGCGGGUAGGGUUUGAACCCGGGACCAUCGAUAAAUCCAAACGACAGUACAGCGUGCAAACCGCA